UUUAUAUCUCGAAAUGGUAAUAAAGUUGUGAGAAGACGCGUAGUAUAGUUUGUGCAAGAUUAAAAUGUUUUCUGUGAAAUAAACCAAGUCUUUUGAUUUGAAUAUUGACACAGGCUGCUCGCAAUGAUGGAAUAAACGCCUGCUGUGGGGAGAAGCGACUUAUCAGCAUCAUGUCAUUGCAGCCGCAGCCGCAGCAGCCGCCGCCGACAGUUGCAAGCGGCAGCGCGUCGGGCAACCAUCAAUUGCUGCGCCCCCAAACUCUGGCCGCCCCGGAGCGUGAGCCCGUUGAGUUUAACAUCAAUUUGGUGGGAGCACCGCCCGAAGUGGAACAGCUGGUUCAGCAAAUUAAAUGCGUUGCCGAGCAGUUUUUAUAUCACUGGAAGAGUUUUCCGAUUGUUCUGCCCGAACCAUUGGCAACCAGUACGCUUAAUGUAACGGCCAGUAAUGCGACAAACAGUGUGAGCGGUCGCAGAAAGCGUCCCAUUAAUCAGAGUGACCUAUUUAUAGCGCCGCCCUUUGAUGAAUUGGAUGCUGUUGCCUCCGAUGGCAGCGGCGAGCCGCGUCGCCUCACAAAUGCACAAUUGAAAAGUUUGCGCGAAACUGGCUUGCAAAAGGAUAAAUAUGGAAAGCCGAAGAAAUUAACUUUGGAACAAUUGGAAACAAUACGUAAAAAUGGUGAAUUCGACGUUCCCAGUUUGCAUUUUACUGGCCAGGUCCACAAGUGGCGUCUCUCCCAGCUCCUGCAAAAGGGCACCCUGCGCGCCCAUGAUUCCUUCUUGAGCGACUUGGCGUUGGCAGCACGCUUCGUAGUUGUCACAGCCCGGGCCCGCAUCUUCUCCCACUUUUUUUCUGUGGUGCAUGCAAUGCAUGCUCUGCUGAACGCACUCAUCAGACUGGUAGACAUGUUUAUCGGUGUGCCCGCAUUGCUGGCCCACAAUCUGGACUACAAGAUUAAGGAGGAGCGUUGCCGCUUCCUUAUAGCUGAGCUGGUGUGUCGGCCGGAGUAUGAAGACUGUCUAGAUGGCCUCUGCUCGUAUGUGCGAAAAAUGCUACGUCGAGCAACCAUGGAAAAGUUCGAUUUCAACAGCUGCGAGGUGACACAGCCGGUGCCAUACCUGUUUCUGACACCUAAAGGCCAAGAGAUCGAUCUGCGCCUAUUUUGCCGGGAUAUAAUGCGUAAAGCACUUCCCAUACUAGUGGGCAUAUUGGAGCGCGAGACACGAGGUUGGUUUUUGCACUUCCGCGAACGCUUGAUUGCAGAGCUGCGCGCUAAGAAACUUAAUGACAAGGAAAUCGAGGAGGAAGUUAACGAUGCAGUCAUGAAGGAAUACCUGCAGCGUGUUUAUAGCUCCAUCAUGUCGAAUGCCAAGCUGGCCGAACUGGGUAACGGCGUGCCACAGUUACUGGUGGAUCAGGCCCAGUCGGUCGUUAUUAUGUACAAGGCCGUUGACAAGGUGCAACAGGAUAUCAAGCGAACUCGCGAAGAGCACCAGAAGUGCCUGGCCAACGAUCAUUCUGUACUGUCCCGCGUGGCGCCCUGGCUUCGCUCCAAGCUGCGACAUGCAGAGCAGCACAAGCUGUACAAAUGCGCCUGGUCGGCGCACGAGGAAGCACUGAAGAUGUGUAGUCAGCACAAUCUACAGCAGACUGCCUACUUUCUGUCUCGCGAUUUGGCUUUCAUGAAAGAGCGUGAGCCAGUGCUGCUGAAAGAGCUGAAGAAUGCCAAGACGCCUACGCGCAGUUUCCAAUGGGCGUGUCGUAUCUGGUCGCCACAGGCGUGGAUCAUCAGGCGCAAUUUUCAGGGACAAUCGGAUGUAAUCCCCACGGUCAUCAGCCAGCAGGCCACAUCGAUAGUCACGCCACGCUCAGAUCCUAGCCAGCCUGUAUUUCUGGUUGAGAAGGAAAUGAUACGCACCACCAGCACGCGUUGGCCCUUUUGGCGUUUGCUGAAUCUGCUGCAACGCACCUGGUGCUGGACUUGGAACAUGAUGUUUUUGCUCGGAAUUCUUGUGCCCUGGUGCAGUCCGCUUGGAUUGCGUGCGCUCUUCUGCAUUAAGCCCUUCAUGCCUGACCUGGAACUGUCUCAAAUCAAUGGCACCCUGUUUCCGCGCAAAACCAGCAUCACACAGACCCUGGCUUCGCGGCUUAUCGAACUCUGGCGACACAUAUCAAAAUCGCGCACUCAUUUCGAAACUGAACCUGACACAGGUUUCAUUGGCAAGGGCUUGACACGCAAUUUGAACCGCACUUGGAAUUACUUCGUGAAAGGAUUUCUGGGCACCAUUGUAAUUCUAUUCGCAUUCCCGAUAAUUUGCCUGGCGACCUGUUUGCUCAGCAUUGGUUUGGCAUUGACUGCACCUCUGUGGAUUCCAGUGUUUGUGCUACUGUUGCACAUUUACAUGAUAUUAAUUUAUGACCUCGAUGCACCGGACAACACUCAAAAUCGUUACUGCAUUCUGCUGGAGGUGCUCAUAUGGAACUUUUUGAUCCAGGGUCUCCUGCAGCCGCUGGUGGCGAUUUUGGUGGCUACGUUGCUUUGCCCGCUCGCGGCCGGUGUCGUUUUAAUAGUUGGUGUUGUGCGUUAUACACUGCGGCUGCUCUGGGAUUCUGUGACGUUCCAUUUGUUCAUCAAGAAGUGCGGACGCGUGCCCGCAUCGGAUAGCAUUGCUGUAAAGCGGAUCGCUGGACCCGGCUUGGCCUUGGACUAUUACUUUAUCAUACGGCCGGAACAGGCGUUGGCAGCACUAGAGGCUAAAAUGGAACUGGACGAACUGCAGGCCUAUCAGCAUGCUACCGAGCGUGUAAUAUUGCAGCCGCAGCAGGAUUUUCUGCAAUUCGUCGAAGCCUGUUUUGGCCCCUUUUCGGCGCAGUUGUCGAAAACUGGUCCAUAUUUAGCACUCGAUCGCGAGGCACAAGACCUAAUGAGCUCGCUACAUGAAAAGCUGGAGAAACGGCGCAGGGAGCUGCAAACCAGCCUAAGCACUCAGGUUAAGUCGCGGAUUAAGCUGAACACCAAAGAAUUGAAGAUUGUCAUACAACUGGCCGCCCAUUUACUCGAAAAAUACUAUCCGUCUCAUGUAGUUGGUAGGCUGUCGAUUAGUGAAGAAGAAUUUUGGGACAACAAAGGUCUCUCGGUUAACGACUGGCCAGGUCUCGCGGGUCUCAUAUAUACCGAAAUAUUUAGUUUAGAUUUUCUAACGCCAUUGACUGAAAACGAUACGCAUUUUAAAUUAGAACCACAUGCCUCGCUUGAUUUAAUGCGCUAUACGGAGAUGGUGAAGAAUGCCAACGAUGUGAUCGGUUCCAAAGGGCUGGAUUUGCUGGGCAAUGUGUAUGCACCUCGCGGCAAUGUCCAGGUGCAUUUACCAUUCCUCGAAGUGACCGCAUUUAAUCCGCGUUCACGCAUCACGUUGACUUUCCGCAAACCCGAGAAGCGUGACAUGUCCGUGGGUCUCACAACGCCACGAGUGCGCGCCCAUCGUGCUCAGCACGUGCCGAAAACAACGCCAGAAGCCCAACGGCCUUGGCGGCCAUGGAAACAGAAGAACGGGGAGCGAAGCGUCACGGAGAAACUGUUAAUACCGCUGCCAGUGCCUCAUCCCGUGCACAUUGCCAUUGCCAUUUAUAAUCGCGAUACAGAGCAGCCCAUACCGUUGGACUCGGAGCUCGUCUGGGAGAUACUCAAGUCUAUUGAAGACUGCCAGGGUGGCGAUGCGAUGGCUGUGCAUUCGGUAGCGCGCUAUCAUGGAGCCGUCCUGGAGUCUAGCAAUGAUUCGCUUGCCAGCAGCAGUAGCAUUGGCAGCACGCGCGAAUCUGGUUCUGGCUCUGUGUCUGGCUCAGCCUUAGGCAACGGCACAGAAACUUUGCCUUGUGGAAAUCGUGAGGUUUGCACUCAGGUAAAAGUUGAUGCUACGCCUGCACCCAAUGCAUCUGGCUUUCACUGGACCUUGAGCAAUUGGGGUGCAGCGCAGACGGCGCGCCGACGCACCAAUUCCAACGUGCGCGUUGAUUUGGCCAGUCCCGAGGAUAUAUCGCUGGAUACGGACAGCUCGCGUGCUGUGUUUAACAAUGCAUACGGCACUACAGUGUAAUAGCUUCAAAUUAAUUUGGGCACAUAGUAUAUAUAUAUAUAUAUAUAAUAUAUACAUG